UUUGAUGUGCAUUAUACGUAAAAAUGUCAAUAUUUUUUUUACCGAAUAGACGGAAAGUUAAUUUUUUUUAACGGCAGCUAUGUUAUCGGCACAAUAUUCUUUUAAAGAAAACGAAGAAGCAGCUAAAGUGAAAAAUCGUGCAGAAAAUAUACAAUUAAUCAAACAACUAAGUUUAAUCCAUCAACAAAAACAUGAAGAAAUGACCGUGAUAAACAAUAAACGUAAAAAAAUUGCGAAAAAAAAUGAAAAGCUCCGUUGCGCAACUACGAGUACCAUCAAACGGGAAACUCCGGAAGUUAUAAUGUAUGAAACUCACACGCCCGGAUUUUGUUACAGAUGUAACGGAGAACAGAAAAUACCUAACGUCCCAUUAACAACUGUAACAAUUGAUUAUAAUUGUUUGCGCGAUUUGGUUUUUACCGAUGAUACGUUGGAUAUAGAAAAAAUUCUCGUUCUUCAUUUGAUUUCGGUUCACAAAUCCGAAACUUUAACUCCAGUUCGAGAUUUAAAAUUGGCAAGUGUGUAUAAAGAUUCUUCGCCUACAGCUAGACUUUUGGAAAAAUCGAGAAAACUGGGUUUCGUAGUUAACAAAACGAUGAUGGAUCUUCUACCUUUUUACACAAUAGAAAUUAAAGAGAAACCAACUUCGCCUAACCAGUCUACUAAAAUUUCAACAAACAGAAAAAAUAUAUUAGCCCAUCGGAUACUAUUUAACGAAAAUUUGAGAAAACUCAUUUCUACAGUAGUUGCCGUCCUUCACAGUUCGAAUUUUCCGAAAUUUAGACAAUUGAUUCAGUUGGCGCACGAUCCUAAUGCUAUCAGACUCAUUUUCGAAAAACCGAACAUUAUAGAAUUCAUAGAAUUCCUUUCGGAGCAACAGAUAGUAAAUAGCUGUGAAAACUUCGUGUUGACACCACCUUUCAAAUUGAAGACGCGGGAUUUUAACGUACAAACCGUUACUGAAACUUUGGAAAAUUUUCUCAAGAAUUUACGAGAUAACGUUCUGCAGUUACCGAAUAGAGGAAAUAGAAUCAAUAACGAAGUAGAAGAAAACGACAACAAGCGACUUUUUGAGAGAGUCAAAAGAAAAUUUUCGGAGGUUAUGAGCGGUAACGAUCUUCCUAGAUACCCGAAAUCAUCGAAAACAACUGACUUGGACGAAGUGGAAGUUUUACCGCAAUAUAGACGAUCAUCUCGCGGUUCGGAUAUUCCUGAUUUUGUAUCGAAGAACAUCGAAGCAGCUGGAAAAACGAGAAAACUAGAAUACGAUAUGGAAGACGAACACAUUUGUUCUUCUUUAAAUAACAAUAAUAAUUCUAGAAGAAGAAGAAGCGUUUCGAACUCAACGUCAAAAAAAGGAUUAUCGCCAUCUAUGAAAUAUAUGCCUCUGUCCAAAUUAGAUGAAGAUAUAGAUAAUCCAGAAACUACGGAUAAUUCCUCCGAUCGAAAAGACGACAAGACUCCGCCAAAGAUAUCUUUAGGAGCUAGUCAGGAUAAAGGUAUUGAUGAAUCAACGGAAGCCGGAUAUAAAGCAUUAACUCGCGCAGAUUAUAGAUCAAAACACGAUCCAUUGGAUAAAGGUUACGGAAAAUAUAAUAUUAAAAUAACGACAUGUAAAGCUUGUAUGGAAAAAUGGAGACAACCGUUACCCACUCCAAAAACUCCUAGGGUGAAAAAAUCCAGCGUACUUCCAGAAUUAAAUAACCAACUUUAUAAAACCGACAGCAAACACCGUAUCGAUAUGUUGAUCAAUAAAGAAUUGUAUACGCUCGAGUCAUACGACAGACGGUUUUCUUCGGGCGGUUCCUCGAAAAGACCAUCGAAAAACGAAACGCAAACUGAUUCGUACGACAACAUCAAUAUAAAUCCGAUGUAUUUGGCGAAAAUUGAACAGGAAAUUAGGACGAAAGAAACUCAGAAAAAGUUGGAAAAAUUUUUAAAAGAACCUAUUUAAACACGGAAUACUUUUGUAAACUAAAUAAGCGAAUAUAAUAUCAAUAAUACUGAAA